AUGGCCGACAACACGACACUCCCUUUCGACCCAGAGACUUGCACCCUCGAAACGUGCCCGAUCGAGUAUGCCCAGAUCACCUACACCCCGUCCCUGGGCGGCAAUAUUGCCUACGCCGUCAUACUCGGCCUCAUCCUGGUCGCGCAGCUCGGCCUAGGCAUCCGCUACAAGACAUGGGGCUUCAUGGUUGGCAUGGUGGGAGGUCUUGCCUUGGAGGUCGUCGGCUACGCCGGUCGCAUUCCCCUACAUUACAACCCUUUCAAAUUCGACCCUUUUCUCCAGCAACUCAUCUGCCUCACCAUAGCGCCAGCGUUUCUCAGCGCUUCAAUCUACCUCUGCCUCGCCCGCAUCGUCGUGGCGUACGGACCAGAGACUUCCCGCCUCAAGCCUCGCACGUACACCUAUAUUUUCGUCACGUGCGAUUUCAUCUCGCUCGUGCUGCAGGGCGGCGGAGGUGGGAUUACCGCCACGGCCAAUACAAAGGCCACGAAUGACAUGGGUGUCAACAUCAUGAUUGCCGGCAUGACCUUUCAGGUCGUCUCACUUGCCGCGUUCAUGGCCAUCUGCGCCGAGUACGCCUUCAGGAUCAGACGCCGCCGCGAGCUUCUGGACUACGGCUUCGAACAGACGAGAAGCACUUUCCGCUUCAAGGGUUUUCUGUAUGCACUCGCCGCCGCCACCAUUCUCAUCUUUAUCCGCUGCGCCUUCCGCGUCGCCGAGCUGUCUGAGGGCUUCAACGGCCCCCUCGCCAACAACGAGGUCACGUUCAUGAUCUUCGAGGGACCCAUGAUCAUGCUCGCCACGCUCGCCCUGACCGUCUUCCACCCGGGCAUCUGCUUUGCGGGCCGCUGGGCAGAGGCCAAGCCCAUGACGCGGAAGCAGACGAAGCAGCAGCAGAAGCGCGCUCUUGUCAGCGACAUGGACUCCUCGGACUAUGAGCGCGUCACGCCUGGCGGAGCGGUCGAGGUCGACACUCUGGAGACCUCGUACCCGAUGAGAUAG